AUGGCAUCCACAUUUUUGUUUGCAUUACUUACAGAUAGAGCAUUUCUUGCAGACUGGCAAGUUCCUCUUCCACUUGAUGCAAUUUUUACAGCACCAAAUAUUGAUUGGAGUUAUGAUUCUCUCAACCCAA